CAAAUCAAGCCACGGGAGGCGAGAUCUCGAGGAAACCUCACCUUUCCUGCCAGCAAGAAGACGCCCAUAGAGAGCACCGAUGCUGCUACGGAGCUCCUCCACGCCAUACCUGCACGCCUUCCUCUCCUCCUCCUCCCCAUCCUCCCAUUCCUCUCUCCACCUCCGGCGAGCCUUCUCCGACAGCCACCUCCCGUCCCUCAACCCCAACGACGACAACAAGACCACCGGCCUCCACACCGAGCUCUCCUUCUCCAUCUACAACACCUUCAGCACCAAGGCACCGCCCGUCCAGAUGGAACCGCACCACGAGCAAGAGCUGGAGGACGAUCAGGAGGACCAGGCGGUGGUGCAGCCGGAACUGCCGGAGCUGCCGCUGUUCCUGGCGAGAGGCGUGGGGAUCGACCGCAUCGCCUCCGGCCUCUUCACCGCCGGCAUGGACUCCCAGGCCGCCGCGGCCAGGAUGAUGAGCGGCGUGGACGAGCAGGUCGUGAUGGCGCUGGACGCCCAGUACAAGGAGAUGGUGGACGAGCAGCCCGGCAACGCGCUGUUCCUCCGCAACUACGCGCAGUUCCUCCACGAGGUGAAGGGCGACCCCAGGAGGGCCGAGGAGUACUACUCGCGCGCCAUGCUCGCCGACCCGAGCGACGGCGAGAUCAUGUCGCAGUACGCCAAGCUGGUGUGGGCGGUGCACCGUGACCACGAGAGGUCCCUCGCCUAUUUCCAGAAGUCGGUGCAGGCAGCCCCGCGCGACAGCCACGUCCUCGCGGCGUACGCCAGCUUCCUGUGGGAGCAGGACGACGACGACGAUCUCGAUGUCGGAGAAGGCGAGCAAGGAGCGCCGGAGCCUCCCGCUGCGCAGCCGAUGCAGCUGGCUUCUGCGGCUGUUUGACCAUGGUGGCCAGGACAGCCCGAGGCGUGCGUGCUAACGACGUACUUGUACUAAUGGUCAUGGUCAUGCUAGCUUGUAUGGUGUUUCUGUGUGAUCCGCGAAUGAUCUAGGUGUGUGUCAAGAAUAAAUCCCGGAAUUGUUGGAGGGGCAAAGGGCUUGGUGACUUCAUCUGCAAAUGCCAGCAACGUUUUUUUAACAAUGCAAAAAAUGCAGCCUAAUGUUUCUUGGUUCA